AGGGCCCCUUCACGAGUCUUAUUCUCUCCUACUACUAUCCUCAUCUUCUGGUAUUUGAGCUAAGGCGAAUACUCAACAACAAUUCAUGGAAGCUCCAAUCCAGUAUUCAGGCAAGCUCACCAUUAGGGUGGUUCUCACUUGCAUCAUGGCAGCCACUGGUGGUUUGAUUUUUGGUUAUGAUCAUGGUGUUUCAGGUAAAUCCAAUCUUUAUCUUUGUUUAAAAAUUGUAGCUUUGAUGCUAGUGCCUUUUUGAAUUCCCCGUUUUGGGCCUGUUUGAAUCUGAAAAUGUGAUUUCAUUUCUGCGUUCUUAAUACAUUGUUAUCUGUUUGGUGAUAUUUGUGAUGGGGGACGGUUGAGGGGUUUGGUGUUAAGAAGACUUACCUUAAUUUUGAUGAUAGGAUUAACUUUGGUUUUCUGAGUUAAUCUUGAAAUCCAUACAGCUAUACUGGCAUGGUUUCUGAUGCAUAUGUUCUGAUUGAUGAAACUUCUGACAUGGGAUUUUUGUUGUGUGAAUUCAUUUCAUAGGUGGAGUGACUUCAAUGGAUUCGUUCUUGAAGAAAUUCUUUCCAUCUGUUUAUGAAAAGGAGUCUAACAUGAAGCCUUCUUCCGACCAGUACUGCAAAUUCAACAGUCAGAUAUUGACACUGUUCACAUCUUCCCUAUAUCUAAGUGCUCUUGUUGCGGGUCUUGGUGCAUCCAGCAUAACCCGAAUGCUGGGUAGGCGUGCCACUAUGAUUAUGGGUGGAAUAUUCUUUGUCACAGGUGCAUUAUUCAAUGGAUUAGCCUCAGGAAUCUGGAUGCUCAUUGUUGGGAGAUUGUUGCUUGGUUUUGGCAUUGGUUGUGCCAAUCAGUCAGUUCCAAUCUAUGUAUCAGAGAUGGCACCUUACAAAUACCGUGGAGCUCUAAACGUGUGCUUCCAAUUGUCAAUCACUAUAGGCAUCUUUGUGGCCAAUCUCUUCAACUACUACUUUUCCAAGAUAAUGAAUGGUCAGGGAUGGCGUUUAAGCUUGGGACUUGGUGCAGUUCCUGCUGUUAUUUUUGUGGUAGGCUCAUUUUGUCUUCCUGACUCACCAAACUCUCUUGUUGCACGUGGAUGCCUUGAUGAUGCCAAAAUGGAGCUUAUUAAAAUUCGCGGCACAACUGAAGUUGAUGCCGAGUUCAAAGAUAUAAUUGCUGCCAGUGAAGCCUCAGAAAAUGUGAAACACCCUUGGAGAACCUUGAUGGAGAGAAAGUAUAGGCCACAGCUUGUUUUUGCCAUAUGCAUACCCUUCUUUCAGCAAUUCACUGGCUUGAAUGUGAUCACAUUCUACGCUCCAAUUUUGUUCAGAACAAUUGGUUUUGGAAGCACGGCUUCCCUCAUGUCUGCAGUGAUAAUUGGCAGCUUUAAACCCGUUUCAACCUUGGUUUCAAUGUUUCUUGUAGAUAAAUUUGGAAGGCGCACCCUUUUCCUUGAGGGUGGUGCUCAAAUGUUGAUUUGCCAGAUUAUCAUGACCAUUGCUAUUGCUGUUGCAUUUGGCACAAGUGGGAACCCUGGAACACUGCCUAAAUGGUAUGCAAUUGUGGUUGUGGGUAUCAUCUGUGUAUAUGUUUCGGGUUAUGCAUGGUCUUGGGGUCCUCUAGGGUGGUUGGUACCAAGUGAAAUUUUUCCUCUUGAGAUUAGAUCUGCUGCUCAGAGUAUCACAGUUGGUGUCAAUAUGAUUAGCACUUUCUUCAUUGCUCAAUUCUUCACCUCAAUGCUCUGUCAUUUGAAAUUUGGUUUGUUCAUCUUCUUUGGGUGCUUUGUGGUAAUCAUGACCCUAUUCAUCUACAAGUUAUUGCCAGAGACAAAGGGUAUCCCGCUUGAGGAAAUGAGUAUGGUUUGGCAGAAACACCCUUUCUGGGGCAAAUUUUUGGACUCAGACAACAGGAUCCAAAAUGACAAGAUUUACUCCAAUUGUUGAUUUUUAGUUUUAGUCUUUUAUUUACGUAAGUAUAGUUUAACUUAAAAAAAUUGUUUGGCCAAACUUUUUUAUGAUUUAAUAUACAAAAUAUUUAAGU